GCGAAGCCCGGAAGCUCCGACGCUACUGGUCUGGUCACUGCUGUCAGUCAGCCCGUUGUUGGAGCGAUGUGUUGCGUUGGAGCUGGAGUAAAGCUCAAAUGAAACAUCAAAAAGCAUUAAGAAGGAGUUCCUAACAAAUGAAAUAAGCAGUAUUAAGGUGUAAGCCUUCAUGUCAGUCUACAUAUGUACUCCAUCCUGAAUGCUGGUCCAGGAGGUAAACACCACAGCAUGUCAUUGUGAAGAGGGAACAUAUUAGGGCAGGAUGCAGUCUUCAAACCACCGACUGCGAGAUAUGGAGCAGCACCACCCACUGCUGUCGGCAGGUGCAGAUGUCGAGACGGGGAGCCUGGCAGCCGGAGUGAUGGUUGGGGGUCCCCACACGGGCCACACAGCAGGGAACCGCACACUGUGGUUCAUCCAGGACAGCUGUGGUAUGGUGUGUGCAACCAUGACCUGGUUCCUGGUCCUGUAUGCUGAAUUCGUAGUGAAUUUUGUCAUGCUGCUGCCUGCCAAGAACUUCUGGUACUCGCUGCUGAACGGGGCCACCUUCAACUCCCUGGCUGUGCUGGCAUUGGCCUCACAUCUGCGCACCAUGUUGACUGACCCGGGUGCAGUUCCCAAGGGCAACGCAACCAAGGAGUACAUGGAGAGCUUGCAGCUGAAACCUGGAGAGGUCAUCUACAAGUGCCCAAAGUGCUGCAGCAUCAAGCCUGAGAGAGCACACCACUGCAGUAUUUGUAAAAGAUGCAUCCGGAAGAUGGAUCACCAUUGUCCCUGGGUCAAUAACUGUGUGGGAGAAAAGAAUCAGAGAUUCUUUGUACUUUUCACUAUGUACAUAGCCUUGAUUUCUGCCCAUGCUCUGGGCCUCAGUGGUAUGCACUUCUUCACCUGUAUUAAAGUCCAGUGGAACGAGUGCAGUGAAUUCUCUCCAGGGGUGUCUGUGCUGCUGCUGAUCUUCCUCUGUCUCGAAGCCAUCCUCUUCCUCACUUUCACUGCUGUAAUGUUUGGUACGCAGAUCCACUCCAUCUGCAACGACGAGACGGAGAUUGAACGUCUUAAAAACGAGAAGCCAACAUGGGAGCGUCGCAUGAGAUGGGAUGGAAUGAAAGCUGUGUUCGGAGGUCCGCCCUCUCUGCUCUGGUGCAAUCCAUUCACCGGCCUGCGUCUGCGGCGUCUGAUGCUGUUGACCCACGGUCGUCGUGGCGGGUCUGAGUUUUCUGUCUGAGAGAAGGGCAGACAGAUGCAGCUCACCAACACUUGGUCAUCCCUAAAGCAAGAUCUCUUAUAUGUCCUCCUUGGAUGGGGCUAAGAUGGACAUCUGCUCCCUGGGGCUGUCCUUCAUGUGUGGGUGACUGGGAGACAGGCUGCUUCAGUGGGACUCCAGUGCAUCACAACCACCACUGAAAGUUUGUAUUGUCACUCUCACAUGCUGAUGUAGACCCAACACCUUAGGUCUGCACAAGUAUGUUAAACAGCUGGGAUAUGGUUUAAACAUGAGCAGCUUUUCGGUUUGUUUGUGUGUUUUUAGGUAACGCAUGCAGUAUGUAACUCAAGUGAGUCUUUUAUUCCUUGUGAGACCGUCCAAGGUGCUGUUCGAACUCAACUCAUGCACCCUCAGUACACAACUUCAGCAGUUUGUUUUCUUUGCUGCGCUGAUGAGAUUCAAGGUUAGUAUUUGAUUUUUUGGGGGGGGGGGGGGGGGAUGGAAGGACCAGCAGCAUAUCUUUGAUCAUCACUGGACCCAGACAAGUGGAUCUAAAUGGGUAAAAGCUUGAAACUGUUGUACUAAACCCAGACAAGGAAAUCACAGUCAAGGACACACACUACUUAUACGGCACUUGAGAAAGCCUGUAUAUGGAGCACAGUGGACAUCAGAAAUGGAUCUGUGCUGCCUUGAUUUGCAUGUAUUACAGCUCAAUCAGUCAGCAUCUCAGCCAGGAAAUGAGGCUUUCACUAUCUUUAAAUGAACCAACAGGCGACUGUGAACACAAGCCUCAUUCUUAUUCAGCAGGACUGAUUGGCUUUUCCUAUCCGUUCAUCUCUUUUGUCAUGUUUUUCCUUCCAUGGGCUGAAAUCUUUGAUUCUUUUGGUUACUCAGACCAGUAGAAAUACAUUUUUCCUUUUUAUUAAAUAACUGCUGAAAUGUCUGGGUUAACUUUCAUCACAGUGACCAAUCCUCAACAGUUUGUGAUAAUGACUCACUGGAGAUGACUACUGUUUAUUCUGAAUCUUUUAUUUUGACAAAAACAUUUUUGUAUUAGCGGUACUUAAAUGUCCAUUUCACCACUCCUACAUGCUGCUCUACAGCUCAUUCUCCACAAACCUACAGUGAUCCUCAGACCGCUGAUAUGCCUCCCAGUGUUUCCAUAAUGAAGCGAUUGGUCGAGCAAGACUGAAUGUCAUUAAGUUUGGAUUGUUAUACCCAUACAUCAGCUGUUCUUUAUGUGAAAAAACUGGGGGCUACUUCUGUGUGUAGUUAGAAACCAUAUGCAAGAACAGUUGAAUACGACUUCAUAGCAUUUAAACCUGAAAAGCAAAACCUUACAAACGCCCCGAGACCGAGCCAAGUUUCAGACACGGUGGCUUUGCCUGCUCCUUGUCCAUCGUGUGGUGCGAUGUUCUUGAAAAGGAGAACUUAAAACACUAGCACAACCUCCUUUGGCAAGCUCUGAGCCUGUUCUGAUCUACAGAGCCAAGCUUCAUUGUGCAGUCAGCCUGUAGAAUUAAAAAGGAGCUGCUUUGCUAAAAGAGGCUGUAGGACAAGGCUCAUUAUACAAGCUUUAAUAAUGAACAAAGUCUUGGGGAGCUCAGCAGAUGCUUGUGGAGGCCUUUCCUGCUUCACUCCAGAAAUGUCAGGCCGGUAACAGCUAGUGGCAGGACAGUAGCAAAAAUGUUUCCAGUGUUACUAGAUCAUGUAUCUAUGCCUUUUGUAAAAUCAUUCAGUCAAAUGAAUUUAUCGGCUUGAAAGAUUUAGUCUUUAUUGCCAUAUUUAUGAAAGUGUUUUCUCAAUUUGUGACAACUUGUCUCCAGUUUUUACUCUGCAUAAUAAACGGGCGUUUGCACUGGAUGAAUGUGGCUUUUUGAAUCUAGAGUUCAGGAUUUAAAGUCAGAUUCUGACUAAUCAGCUAGUGUUGUCUAAUCUAGAUUCUCAAAGUCUCAUUUUGAUCGCGUGUUGGACAAUAUACUGCUAUUUGUUCUCAUCUGUGGUUGUCAGGAGAAGGAACUUUUUCUCCACUGUUUACACUAAAUGAUAUGAUGCUAUGGCUAAAAUGUUUUAAAGAAACAUGCUGUCAUUAGAAUGUAAAACGUAUCUAUGUUGGGACUAAGGGACACAGCACUGAAAGCUAACUGAUAUCAGGGGAAUUUAUUAAUGCUGGCCUCUCAUUUCUCCUUUUAUUCUGCUGGACUGCAUCAACUCAGCAAUUGUUUUCUGAUUAAAUGCUGGGAGAUCACUUUUAUCAGUCUAACAGUGACAUACUUUCUCUAUUUUCAUUACUGUUUAUUCAGCUAGUCCCUAAUCCUAAUACGCUCAAUGUCCUUUUUAUUUUAUGUGGUGCAAAAUGAAAAUGAAUAAAGUUAAGCCAAUACACAUGGCAUGUCUAUAAAUACUGUAUCAAUGUAUAAAUGAAAGACUAAAGAAUAUAUAAGACUUUUGAGAAUACAACAGGAACAUCCAUGCUGUUUAAAUUUUGCAGAUGCAAAAAAUAUCUUGCUAAUCAAGCAACAGCUGUCAUUACAAAUAGUUGCGAGUGUUAACAGCAAAAAUGCAUUCAGAGCCCCUGAGAGGCCUGAAGUCCAAUAAACACAAUGUAAUUAGAAUAGAAGUACAUAUCUGAGGCAGGACUAAUGCACUGCUAAACUUUUAUUUCUGUCUGUAGAAAGUAGCAGAACGUCAGAGCUAAUUAUUGAUUGACAAAUUUUACUACGUUGACUGGGUAUAAAUACUUGAUGUUGACUGGUACUGCUUGGUUGUUGUGUACCAGUAUUCUGCAAUAGGAGUAGUCCCGUUUCAUGACCAAACUCAGAUGCUGUAAUCAGGAAACACAGGAUAUGUCGUUUCACAAUCGUGUUCAGUAACAGAAUCAGUGAAUGAUGAUUUUUAAAGGAUAACACUGGUAAAACAUGGUAUUUUGAGCCUUUCUCCACCUUCUGCUUUAUCAUUUCGGGAAAAGAAAAACGCCAUCACUAUUGGGAGUGGAUUGUGUGACGAUGUGCAAAAUUGUGUAAACCAAUACAAUUUUAUUCUGUCAAAGGGGAUUUGCACAGAAAAUCUAGUGUAAAGAACAAUUUAUGAUGUAAAGUAACGAUUAUUAACAGGAUGAAUGUUUGAUCAUAGGAUUACCAUUGACAUUGUCAUGAACAGUUGAGAAAUGUUUUGUUUCCUGCUCUCCUGAGAGAAUGUUUAUCAAGAACAAAAGUCCUCCAGCUUUAUAAACAAAGUAUAAAGGUUACUAUUAACAAAAUAUAAAUGGAAUGUUUUAUUUGAGUUUUUUUUUAAUUAAUGUGUCAUAAUCUUAUAAUGUCAUAUCUUUAAUGUCAUUCUUUUACAUAAUAAACUUGAUUAAAUUAAAACUA